AUGGUUCAUCUUAUACCUGCUCUCACCACUGCCUUUUUGGCUUCUAAUGUAUUCGCACACGGCGAUAUCCAUAAGGAAAUUUUGAGAAGACAUGCUCAUCUCAACCAUCCGGAGCGUCGAAGCAUCCUAGAUUGCAAGCGUAGUCUUGUAGAUUCUGGGUGGGUCAGAGAGCAGCACCAAAGGCGCGAGGACAGGCUUCAUGAACUGCGAGUCGAAGCCGGCUUUGCACAAGCACACGAGUUGGUUCGUCGCGACUCUGUAGAAGUGGAAUUGAGCUACGGUAAAAAGGGCGCAUGCACGCUUGAUAUCGAGCAGACUGACGGCCCUUUCUAUAUUUCCGGCGAACUCGUUCGGCAGAAUAUCUUGUCUGGUCAGGAAGGCCCUAAAGCACAUGUCGACAUUAAUUUGAUCGACGUACGGGAUUGCAGUCCUAUCAAAGGUGCUUAUAUAGAGCUUUGGGGAACUAACGCGACUGGUGUCUACUCCGGCGUGCACUCCGCUGUCAACGGCGACGGCUCCUCGGACCUUUCUUCAAAUGCCCUGCGUGGUGUACAACCGACGAAUGUUGAUGGCACCGCUUCCUUCAUCACACUCAUUCCAGGAUACUAUGGUGGCCGUACAAAUCAUCUGCACACUGUCGUUCACCAUCACGCCAAACUCCUUCCUAACAACACUAUCGAAGGCGGUACCAUCACCCACGUUGGUCAAUUUUACUUUGAACAGGAAUUCAUCAACGAUCUCAACAAGAUAUAUCCCUACACCUUGAACAGGCAAUACCAAAUUGGAAAUGACAUGGAUGCACUCUUUAUCUACUACGCUAAUCACACUGAGAACCCAUUCAUGAAGGUCUCGAAGAUUGGCAAAACUUAUGAGGACGGGUUGUAUGCAACGAUUGACGUGGGCAUUGAUCCUCAUGCAAUUCAGAAUUGGACGUCUCCUGUCGGGAAGUGGACUGCUGAAGGUACUGUGGAGGACCCAGAUAGUAAAUACGCGGGUUGGCCAGGCACACCUCAAGCCGCCGCGCCUUCACCAUCCCCAUCACCGUCCUCAGAUGCGUAG